AUGGCAGGCAGUGCAACAACCGGUGCUCGUGGUCGUGCUGGAAAGUUUAACAAGCCAACCAGAGGUGGUGGUAAACACUAUUCUCGCUCGCUACAGCCGGUCGACGCCGAUGGCAAUCAAGUCAGCAUGUGGUCUGCUGACGCCGCGGACGAGCGUUCAAAUGAAGAGGAAGACUCCGAGGAGGAGUCUAGCGAAGAAGAGAGCGACAACGCUGACGCUUCAAAAGCUGCGGCGGAUUCUGAGAAUCGUGAUGACCGCAAGGCUCUGAAAAAGGCCCGCAAAGAGGCCGCCAUUGCCAAGCAAAAGUCUCGUAACGUCGAAGUGGGCGACAUGCCGUCCAGCGACGAUGAGAGCGACGACGGUAUGCCCACAAAUCCGAACCACUCCAAAUCAGCCCGGAAACAAACCAAGAGUAGCGACGUGGAUGAAAUCACCGAGGGCGUUCAGAACAUGAAUGCUCCUGGCAACCGAAAAGAACGGGAAGCUAUGGAGGCGGCAGCCGCCAAGGAGAGGUAUUUGAAGCUGCAGGCAGAAGGCAAAACAGAUCAGGCCAAGGCAGACCUUGCUCGUCUUAAGCUCAUUCGAGAACAACGCGCAGCCGACGCUGCCCGGAGACAGGCCGAGAAGGAAGAAAAAGAAGAGCAAGAAAAGGCUCGAAAGGCAGAGAUUGAUGCCAAGGAGGCUAAGAAGCGAGAGGCUGCGGCUGGGCCUAAAAAGUCCAGUAAGAAGAAAUGA